UUGUAUGUCAACCACCAAUAAAACUCAUAGGAAAAGGAAGAAGAGAGCGCUGUUUGAAAAUUUGAACGGCGGGAUACUCAAAAACGACAACAUCUAUAACAUCUGAUCUGACAUUUGGUGGCCAUGCGUCACAAAACAUCGGCACACAAGCGAAAGCUAUCGACGCCUAGACACAGAUCUCCCCCUGCGUCACUACCACCGCCGGCAGCGUCAAGAACCCGCCGCCACAGCGGACCAUCCGGAUCAUCCCCGCGCAAGAAACACAGAUUUCGCCCUGGCACACGAGCUCUCAUGGAGAUACGCAAGUAUCAGAAGUCUACCGGUCUUCUGCUGCGCAAGGCUCCGUUUUCACGACUAGUGCGGGAGGUGUGUCAGACGUUCAGCCGAGAGCACAUGAUGUGGCAAGGAUAUGCUUUAAUGGCUCUACAGGAGGCUGCAGAAGCCUUCAUGGUUCGUCUGUUUUCUGAUGCCAACCUCUGUGCCAUCCACGCCAAGAGAGUGACGUUGUUUCCACGUGACAUACAACUCGCCCGGAGAAUCAGAGGCGUUGAACACAUGUAAAACCGCAUGUCCGGUUUCAAUCAAUCUCCUUCAGUCAUGCUGAUGUAAGGACACAAGAUAUAUUCUAAGCUUUUAUUAUUACAGGCCUCAAAUCAAAUGUUACGAUAGUUAUACAUGUUCAGCCAAAUAAACCAGAUGUUUGUAUGAAAUUAAAGUGUGCUGGGACACUUUUAACAUUUUUUUUCUAUAAUUGUAAUAUAAAACAUUUUAUUCUGUGUGGUGAAACUGCAA